GCCAGGUGGGAUUGACCGCAGGUGCUGGGCAUCUGGGUCUGGUUUGUAAAGGACAGUGGUGGUGAAAGCUUCUGUCGGUCGUGGUAACCUGGCUGGAUGGGAGGGGUGAGAUUCUGUGGUCCGUAGAGAGUCAGUCAGUUAGUUGAGUGGGUAGGUCUAAGUGGUGAGGAGUGGGACAAUUUUGUCGUGCACCUGGACACCAUGGACGACUACCCGAUGUACGGCUUGCUCAUGGGGUUCUCCCUCUGGGGGACCCUCUGGCGUCUUCUCUUUCCACUGGGAUUCUGGCACACUAUUGCGUGUAGAGUAGGGACGAGGAGUGGUGCGGGCAACACUCCUUACACCCAGGCGCAGGAGGAGGAGGCAUCGAAAAUUCUGGCCGAGCAGAAGGCCAGGAAGGAGAAGAAGGAGUUGGUCAAGCUGGCUAAGAAGAUUGCCCUGCAGCAGGAGCAAGCCGCCAAAAUGAAAAAGUUACAGGAAGAGAUGGAGAUAGUGAAGAAGGAGGAGGAAGAAAAGAUGAAGGUUGUGGACACAGAAGAGGUGGAGGAAGAGAAGGAGAAGCAGGCAGAAGCAGAAGAGAUUCCCCUGAUAAGAAGGUCGGUGAGAGAAAGGGGGGAAUCUAGUGGCACGAAGGGGGACCCAUGGAUAGAGAAGAAGGUGACUGAGUGGGUUGCCAACUUGUCACUGGGGGAAACUGAGGAGGCGAUGCUAUACGUUCCCCUAGACGAACAAAAGGCGGUGAUAAAGGAGAUAGAGGCCGAAGCAGAUCCUCUUAAACGUCAGAUGAUAGAAGAGGAGAAAAAGUUGGAAUGGAGAUUGCGUCUGACUAGGGAGAAGAAGAGGAGGAUGGAGGAAGCUGAGAAGGUGGCGAGAGAAUUAGAAGAAGUCAAACAACAGAGCUCAACUAGAAGCGCAGGCAGAUAUACAGGGGAAGAUGGAUGUGCCAAGUUAGCUGCGCCUAAGGAGGAAGAACGGCGUCCCCGUAGAGAGCCAGUAAAGGUGAGGUUCCCUGAUCCAUAUAGUGGGAAGAGGGAGAAGAACUUCGAUAAUUGGGAGGCGAAUGUGAACUCAUAUGCUCACUUACAAAUGAUUUCCCCUGAGGAACAGGUCCUCAUCGCCUUCCACGCUCUUAGGGAUCAAUCCACCAGUUUUGCGAGAUCACUCUGUCGUGAAGCCAACUGCAAUAACGACAUGGUCGCAUACUCUCAGUUUACACCCCUGAACGACUUCUUCAAGUUACUGCGUGAAAGGUUUGCAGAUGUCACACGAAGCAUUAGAGCUUCGGGCAAGCUGCAGACCAUCCACACUCGCCAUUGGAAGAGUGCUAGGGCACUCAAAGGUGUGAUGGAUGAGCUGGUCGCCGUCCCAUACCAUGGGGUCACAGAGACCCAGUUGGUCAAUCUGUUCUAUCGUGCCAUGCCCGAGUCUUUACGCGGGCACUUCUUUGAGAAGAGUCGGGAUCCUGCCAUGACCUAUGAUAGGCGUGGCAGAGGAGUUGAAGGAGAGGAUGCCCGCCUGGCCAAGAUGAAGAAAGAGGCAAAGGGACAACUAGUAUUAGUGGAUGUAGAGAUUUUUAAGGGCAGAGUAGGGGCCCUUAUAGAUAGUGGGGCCACGCGCAGCUAUAUUGAUAGGAAGGCGCUGCAGAAGUUGAAGUUGGGGUUGAAAGUUCAGAAGUUAGAAGACCCUAUUGUUAGUAUCCUCGCAGACAAUCGCAGAAUGCGAAUCGAGGAAUAUGUAGAGGGAGUCCAGACAUAUUUUCGCCUAGAGCAGGAUGGAAAGGUAGAGAAGGUCCUCCAUUCCUUGACUCUCCUCGUAGAAGACAACCUCCCAUUUGACAUAGUCCUAGGAAUGGACUGGGGAGAGGCAGCAAGGGCUACACUCCAGUUGAGAGAACAUGAGUGUAGGCUCCCUAGUCCGUCAAGCGAGGUUAAGACGACCCGCCUGUUUCCUGUGUUAGGAGUAGAUAACUCACUGGCGCAUUGUUGUCUCAGUGCCCCCCCGUUCGCGCGAUUGGUGAGAAAGGAGCAGUUAGAGGAUCAGGUCUUCGUAGCUUAUAUCAGACAUGUCACCGAGCCUAAAGAGGACAGCCCCAUGGAUCCAACCAUCGCCAAGCUGCUGGAAGAGUUCGAGGAUUUAACCGAGCCGCCAACAGGAGUAGUGUCGCGACCGAUCCAGCAUCGGAUGGAGAUAGAGUCUGGCAGUAGGACUCCUAAGGGAGCAAUUUACAGAAUGUCCCCAAGGGAGUUAGAGGAGUUGUGCAAGCAGUUAGACGAGCUUCUCGAGAAAGGUCAAUAUGGUGGUAAUGGCGGAGGACAAGGAAGACGUGUCAGCACAUUAGAAGAGAUCGUUACAUGGAUCAACACUAAGCACCAGGCGAAUGAGGCACGGGAGCGGGCGAUGCGUGAAGAGGAAGACAGAAAGAAGCGAGAUAGGGAAGAGGAACAACGAAGAGAAAUGGAGAAAAAUAACAAAGAAGAAUUUCAGUCGUCUAUAAGGCAGGAAUUGGCUGCGAAAUUGGAGGUAGUAAGAGAGGCUGUCGAUGGCAAAAAAACUGCGGAAAGCGAAGAAAUGGCGAAACUCAGGGUGCAGAUCGAGACGCUGUGCAAGUUGAAGGAACCCGCGGUCGAGAAAAAGAAAGAGGCAAAAUCUGAAGAAGUUCGUUUGUUGAAGGCUCGGGUUGAGGAGCUGCAAAGGGAGAGGGAUGGAGUAGGCAUGUCUGCUACGGUUAUUCAACCACGCAAGAAGUCGGAGGAGAUCCUUCGGCUGCGCCGGGAACAGGAGGAUGUAAAAACAGCAAUGGACAAACGUUUGGCCACGCUUGAAGAAGUGAUUGUGGCUCUCCAGAAGCAGUGUGAGGCGGCAGAAGCAAAUGCGGAGGUAUGGCGGAAUGAAGCGUUAAGGCCAGGGAAUAAGCGAGGAGCAGUAUCGGUCGUGGAAACUCCGGGUACCGAGACACGGGUCCGACAGAAGACUAUUCCGUUGACGUCACCGAGAGGAGCUGGGAGGAUAGAUCAAAGAUUAAAGGAGGUGGUGGAUCACAACAAGCAGGAAAUGGAGCUGCUAAAGGAGAUGCGGCUACGAAAAGUUAACGCACGAAAAGAGUCUGAGAAGGAGGUAGAGCGUUUGAAAGAGGAGAUGGCGCGAUUGCAAACAUGUCAGAAGGGAGGAACGAACCUACAGAAAAAAAUGGAUGUGGCAGCGGGGACAUCGGCACUGAAGAUGAAGGCACGUGCAGAUGCAUCGCCAGUAGUCCUGGUCAGUCAGCGAGCAGCGACGUUAAGAGCGGCGAGACGGGAGCUUCGAAACCUCAAGAAGGACGCUAUCACACGGAUAUGUGAUCAAGAGGGUGUUACGUACACCACUCUGGAUGCAGCAAAGGAAGAGUUGGCGCAGGCGCGAGCUGAUAGGGCAGUGGCAGAUGAUGAGUAUGGGGUUGAAAUCAGUAGAAGACCCUGCGUCAAGGUGCCCUUCUCCCCGGCCGUGAAGCUGGGAGCUGUACGGGAAGUCGCGGUCGGGAUGAUAGUUCGAGGAGUGGCUGAUCCGGACGUUGCACGGUUCAUAGCCGGGAGAGUUAGAGUGGUUGUAAAGAAGAGAUCUACGGUCGGGAUGGUGAUCCACAAUCAGUGGAAGUGUGCGGAGCUGGUGGCAGCCGAAUGCACAUGUCGUGGGUUCGAAUUGCAGAGAAGUGAAGGCCAUGUGAAGGUGAGAAUGAGUGAGGUAGCGGACGCUCCGAGCUUCGUUUGGAACUCCCGAAAUGUGACAAGUGGAUGCGUGGUGUCUCCGGACGCGUUGGAGAAGUGCAUCCGGGAAGGUGUGGAAGGAUGGGUGAAGGGAAAGGGACAUCCCAUGCAGAGCACUGACAUUGAUAAGUGCUACGGAGGGGGGGACCACGCGAACUCGUUAGCGUUAUUAGCAAACCAAGUGAGAUCGUGGUUUCGUAGAUACGAUCAGUUGGUGGCGGUACCCAUCGAUAGGAACCCGGGAGCCACGCUCCUUAUUUGCCUAGUAUUGUACCAUCGUGCGUGCGUGGAAAUGUUCAAUCUUAAUCCAAGUUUUCAAGCUAUGAGGAGUUCGGAAGAGCGGUUACUUGCACGGAUGAAGGAGGAGUAUGUGCGGAAGGGGCUGGACCGGAUUGCUCGAUGGCAAACAGGAGGAAAGAUUGGCCUAGCGUACGUAUUACCUAAGGAUAAGGACUUAGGUAGGUGGAGGUCAAUAUCGCCUUGCACUUUCGAUCCGCCCAAGAUGGCGGCGGCCCAGGUAGGCAAAGCCAUCCGCUAUAUGCUGUUCGGAGUGCGUAUUGCCGAUCAUUUGGAUCUCAAAUCGAUGGAUGAGCUGGGGGAGAUGUGUAAGGUGUUUCAGAGGGAACUGAGGGUCCUCAACUGCGAGGUCGUGUGGGUGCAGACAGGCUCUGCUUCAUUAGCGAAGCAAGGGAAGCUGGGAGUGCAGGAAGCAGUGCACCUGCUGAAGUGCGAUCGCAUCUUGGUGCGAUUAUGGAACUACUACCAGUUCGUGCACGAGAACCGGCCGGAUACGGACUGGACACGUGCGUAUCCCUUUCUAAAGAAACGGGAGGCGGUUUUGUUGGAGUUCGAGAAGCAGGGAAUGGAUGCUGCGUUGUGGAACGGGAGCAGGAAGCUCUGUUUGUACUUCGUCAAGUCCGAGCACGUGUUGAAGCUUGAGAGUUAUGGCGCCUUGAUCUCCACGGAAGACAAGGCGGGGACGGGCGUUGUUUUCGACACGGCUAUCCCGGAGGAGGACAACGACACCGAGGACAUCGACAUCAAUUACCAUCCUGGUCCGGUGUUUCAUGCCCUAGGCUCCUCGUCGGCCAGUUUCUCAACAAGCCAGGCGACCCAGGCAUCACCUGUGCCCACGUUCACCCCUGGUGCUCCUGCUAUUGCUGAUGUUGCUGUUGCUGUUGUUGAUGAUGAUGCUAUUAUUGUUGUUGGUGGUGCUGCUUCUGCUGUUGUUGUUGUUGCUGAUGCUGUUGUGAUUGUUGCCAUUUUUGUUGUUGCUGUUGUUUUUGCUGGUGGUGCCUCUGCGGAUGCUACUGUUGCUACUAUCGUUGUUGUUGUUGUGCUGGUGAAGGAGGAGGAGGAGGAGAGGGAUAUGACGGAGAGGGACGAGGAGAGAGAUAUGGCGGAGAAGAAGGAGGAGGAGGAGGAGGAGGAGGAGGAGAGAGAUAUAGCGGAGGAGGAGGACAAGGAAGAGGAUGAAGAGGAGGAGGGAGAGGAGGACAAGGAGGACGAGGAAGAAGGAGAGGAGGAGGAGGAGGAGGAGGAGGAGGAAGAAGAAGGAGAGGAGGAGGAGGAGGAAGAAGGAUACGAGGAGGAGGAGGUGGAGGAGGAAGAGAAGGAUGAGGGGGAGAAAGAUAUGGCAGAGAAGGAGGAGAAGGAGGCAGAGAGAGAUAUGGCGGAGGAGGCGGAGGAGGCGGAGGAGGCGGAGGAGGAAUAGGAGGACAAGGAGGAGGAGGAGGCUGAAGAGGAACAACAAGAGGGUAGUGUUUGGGGGAGUAUCAGGAGAGUCCCGACCCUCCCUGACCCCGACCUAUUCGGUCAAUCAAUCAAUCAAUCAAUCUGUUAAGAUCCUGAUCAUUUCCCAAGUGCAAAUUCACAAUUAAAGACAAUGCCACCCAAUUGCGAAAGAAAUGAAAGCACUUGCAAAGA